CUUAAUAGUGGGGGUGUUUUUAGAAGCAAAGGGAUUUUUGGAUCAAUACUCAAUUUAAUUAGAGAUCAUAAAUCUAACAAUACUGAGGAGCAGAUGCUUCAGAACACAUCUGAAGUGGCUCUGAUGGGCAAAUGGAACAAUCUAUCCACAGGAAGACUUUUACUUUUUAAACACAGGCAGAUUAAUUGUUGAUUUGCUGGGCAAAUAAGGGCUUUUUUCUGGAUUUAUAUAUUGUUCUUCUCAUUAGUAAAACUAGAUAUCUGUAGUCAUUUUUAAAGUAUCAUAUUAAGCUUGGAGGUUUAGCUCAAGGCUGCGAUUCCCACAGGUCAAUGAUGUUUUUCUGUUUUUUAAAAAUUACCAUUUUUACAUUUGUUGUCUUAAUUUUGGUCGUUGUUUCCUUCUUUUUGUAUUGCAAGACAAGAUAAAUGUUAAGUGCCUUCUGUUUUCCACGUCCUUCAUUUUACACUCACAUAUUUUCCUUUUUUUUUCUCUAAAUGAAAGUAUUUGUUUUCUUUUUGUCUCCUUCCAUUGCCUCUGAUUGUCUUCAUAUUUCUGUAAGGAUCACAUGCCCCUCAUCAGCACAAGGAACAUUUCCUUUCAAGGAGGAAAGCAAAGACCACACAGGGAUGUUCCCACUGAAUUUAUUUACUUCCUUGUAUUUCUUUCAUCUUUAUGUCUCAUAGGGACAAGGUUUAGUGCUGGAUUUGAUGUUAGGGUCUUUUCCAAGAAUUCUGUGAUUAUUUUUGCCUGGUUUGUGUUUACUUUGUAUUCACAAAACCACAGUCAAGAGUGAAGACAAAGUUCAUCAUCCUCUGAUCAAUGUCUCUUAACUAUCCUUAUUUUCUGACAAUAUCUUCUCAUCCUUUCAAAGGCUGAAAUACUGAAUUUAAAAAUUCCCUCUCUUCCUUUUCAGGUGUUUCUUACAGAAUUCUCUCUGCCCCAAAAAACCUAUGACUUGUGUGAUGCUUGAUUAGUUCUUUCACAUAAUUUCCCUUUUUUUUUUUCCUGUUUGCCAUUAAAUUACCUAAACAUCCAUAUUUGCUAUCCAAAAAAUGUCACUUGUCCUUAUCUCAAAGGUUAAACAGUUGGGCAGCCCCACUAAAAAAAAACCAAAAAUCCUAAAGACUGACUUCAGAAUGAAUCUCCCUUUCCAGCCUUUUGUAAUUUGGAUUCUAUUCCACUUCUAAAGAAUUGACAUAAGAAAGAAAAAGCAAGAAUAUUGAUUUAGGGUGGCUUUGAAAAUACUGAAAGCCCACAGAUCUCCCAGAGGGCUGACUCUGACUGCUACAGGUAUCCUUCCCUUACUCCUGGCUCUGCAGAAUGUUCCAUCCUCCAGGAUUUUGGGAUCCAUCUCAACUUUUCAUCUCAACUUAAAGAGAAAAAAACCCCACAAAACACUCUGUUGGAUAUAAAAUAAUGGAAUAUACAUUUCUUCCCUGAAGCAUCUGGUCACUGUCAGAGUUAUCCCAUUACAGAGCCAUGCCAAUGUCUACCUUUCUUCUAUUUUAGUUACUGGUGCUUGGAGGCAACAAGUACAAAAAUGAAAUAGAAGCAGAAAUCCCCAAUUCUGCCCAAAAGAUUGAGUUUUGAGGAAAAGGCUGUUCUAAUCCCCCAGCCCUUGCCUUGCAGAAUUUUUCCAUGAGGUACAAAUUCAUGCCAACACUGUCUGUUGAGUGAUGGGUAUAAGUUGAUAAGCUACUAAGAAAAGCUUAUAAUAUCAUUUAGUUAAAUAUUUUCUAUACUGUUUAACUUAAAACCUUUCUACAUUGGAGCCGUAACCUUUCAUCCUACUUAACUCAUGAAAUGCAAAGAGGAGGCUUAUUCAGUGCAUCAAGAAUUUUAAACAGAGCAAGGACGCAGAACAAGAGAUUUUGUACGGAAAAUUGGGAGGAGUGGCUGGAAAGAGCCUUCCCUAUCUUGGCUUAGCUGCUGGAAUAAAUUAAACACUAUUGAAGAUCUCAGCCGACGCCUGCUGUGGAAAUGGGAACUGUCCUUUGCCAGGUUCUUGCAGCCUGCUCUGAGGAGGGGACUGUACCGAUGACUGCAGAGCUUCCUUCUCAAAAUUCUUCCAUGAUCUCCAGGAAUAAGACUAAAAGAAAUCUCAUCUAACAGGCACGAAUUUGAAAGCGUCUUGUCUUCUAACAGGCUUCCUGAUUCCAGCUUCCACCCAGAAGGGAAAACAGGACAAUCUGUGUAUUGCACUCCUACGUGCAGCGCUUUGCUUUGGGAUUAUCCUCAUUGUUUGAAUACAAAAACCCCGUUAUAAAAAUGCUGCGAUAUCGACUUAACAUCAUUAAUCCUACACCGCGGAGCUCCGGAUCUCUGCCGUUCCCGUUCAGGUGGCGCCUUCCCUCCUCGCACACAAAGCAAACGUUCCUCUUACUCCCCGCCUGGAAUGGAGAUUUCUUCCCACCAGUCUCACCUCCUGGAGCAGCUGAACGAGCAGCGGAAGCAGGACUUGUUCUGUGACUGCAACAUCCUGGUGGAGGGCAAGGUGUUCAAAGCCCAUCGCAAUGUGCUGUUUGCCAGCAGUGGCUACUUCAAAAUGCUCCUUUCGCAGAGCUCGAAGGAGACGAGUCAGCCAACAAUAGCCACGUUCGAGGUCUUCUCUCCAGAGACGUUCAUGGUCAUCCUGGACUUUGUGUAUUCAGGGAUAUUGUCUUUAACGGGUCAGAAUGUGAUCGAAGUCAUGUCAGCUGCCAGCUAUCUGCAGAUGACAGAUAUCCUCAAUGUCUGCAAGACCUUCAUUAAGUCCUCAUUGGAUAUUAAUGAAAAGGAAAAGGAUCAUUACCUCAGCCUCUCGGCCAAGAGUGAGAGCACUGAGCCCACCCCUGCCCGCCCGGCUCUUUAUCGCUCCAGAAGGAAAGCAAAGAGCAACCCCCGGCGCUCCUACUCCAUCCCGGAUGAAAAACCCAACGGGAAUGAAAACUCCUGGAGCAGUUACAGCAGCUACCUGUCCUCAGAGGUGAUCCUGCAGCGGGCAGAGACGCAGCUGUCCAGAAGGGGCAGGAAGCAGGGCUCCACGAGGAAGCGCCGCAAGCACCUGGGGCUGUCGCAGAGCUGGGAGCUGGGAGGGGGCAAAGCGGAGCGAGCCGGGGCCUCGGACCCUGCUCACAUCUCCCACGGAGCAGACGAGGCAGAGUUCGAUGCUGAGAACGACGUGGAUCAGGAGGACUUUGGAUACCAUCCCGGAGCAGAGGCCGGAGCCAAGAGGUGGUCGGUUGCUCAGCUAGAACAAGAACUUUCCAGAACUCCUGAGUUCAUGGAGUUAAAGGCAGAAGAACUGUACACCUCAAUGCCCACAAUUUUAGGGGUAAUGAGUAGCUGGAAUGAAGGUGGCCUGCCCCGCACGCGGUUCAAGUGCCCGUUCUGCACGCACACGGUGAAGCGGCGGGCGGACCUGAAGCGCCACCUGCGCUGUCACACCGGGGAGCGGCCCUACCCCUGCGAGGCCUGCGGCAAGAGGUUCACCCGCCUGGAGCACCUCCGCAACCACUUCCAAACGAUCCACCAGGCUGGCAAACUGAUCUGCAGGAAGUGCAAGCGCCAGGUGACGGAGCUGACGGGCUGCGUGGUGCAGCAGGGCACGCGGCGCUACCGGCUGUGCCACAAGUGCCUGGCACACGCCAGCUUCCACAGCGGCCCCGAGGACUUCAGCGCCUCUCAGCAUUCUCCUGUCUCCUCCACGGGAAACAAAGGCCCCAAGUGGGAUUUGGAGGAGGAGCAGAAAUUAGAUGAAGAGACAGUGGAGGAGGAGGAGCCCUAUAAUUUGGUUGUCCGACACAAUAACGAUGAGAUUCCAGAUGAGGUAAAGGAAAAGGUGAAGCCAAACCUUAGGUAG